AUGAUAAACAUCACCAUGAGCCUGACAUCCUCGCAGCAACAACUGUCUGAAGCUUUUCGUAGCAAGGAUGGCAAGCUGCCAGAAAUUUUCCGUAUAUUGGCAGAAACUAAAGCUGCUCCGGACACGGCUGAAACUUGGAUUACGGCUGCAAAGAUUGCUUUGAGCAAGGAUGAACCAGAGCACUGCAAAGGGAUUCUCGAGGCCUUCCGGGAAAGCAACCAUGACAACCUAGCUGCCACUCUUCUCUUGUCGAAAGCAUGCCAACGUUUGGGGUCAGAGGAUGCACUGGAUGAAAGCGUCGUGUUAGCGAGGAAAGCCGUCAGCAUUGCAUCCGGCGCUGAAGACGUCCUACGCGCUUCAGUGCAGCUGGCCAUGUCGCUGGGUAACCGCGCCCGGCUUCGGACACGGCAACAAGUGGAGCGUCAGCAGGACAGGGACGAAGCUAUCCGGGUCUUAUCAUCUCUAGAAGCCCUGUCCUCCGCCUCCAGAGAGGCCGGCAGUAGCAAUCCACCCCCUGCAGCCGUCAGCAGUAGCAGCAGCAGCAGUGCUGACGUGGUGCAGGGGCUGUACACGAUCGCGCUGCUGCAGGCGGAGCACGGCGGCUCCCAAUUGAGAGCGGCCAAGGACUCGGCUGUGACGGCUUGGCAAGCGGCUCAGACGGCUGGGGAGUCGCAGCUAACCUCCCUCAGCCUGGUGCUGCUGUCCAACAUCCUGUCCGCGGGGUGGCCAGGCGCACAAGGCGGCGCUUGCAUGCCUGGCCCAGCAACACCAUCAUCACCAUCAUCACCACCACUGGGAGCAACACAACCCCCCUUUUGGAGCGACGUGUUGGUGUGGCGCCUGCGUUCCCGUCUGCUGGCGGCGCUGGAGGACACCGGGCCGUCGCUAGCUGCGCUUGUGACGGCCAAGAAGCUCCUGGCGGGCUGGUUGGAGCGGGGCGCGCUGCCGGCGGGGGUCACCAAGGCCACGGCGGAGGAAGAACUGGCCAAGGUAUGGGGUGAGCUCGCUGUAGCCAUGGCACACGCGGGCGGGGGCCAGGAGGCGGCGGAGGCCCUCGCGUCGAUUGACCAGGCACUGGCGCUGCGGCCCUGGGCUGCCGACACACGCCACUCGCUGGGUGCCGUACACGAAGCGCUAGGGCAGUACGACGAGGCUGCAGCGGCGUACGAUGACGCGCUGGCUUUGGAUCCGACGCAUGCGCCCACGUUGCUGCGAAAAGGUGCGCUGCACGUGCGCAACGGCAGCCGUCCCGACCUGGCGGCGGCUCGGGACCUCCUAGCGGAGGCGCUGCGCUACGACCCUCGCAACGCCGCCGGCUGGCACGAGCUUGGCCGCGUGGCCGCGGCGCUGGAGCAUAGGGCCCAGGCGGAGGAGCACAUGCUGAUCGCUGUACGACUGGCGUCAGAGGCCCCCGCAAUGCAGUUCAGCGAGCUGCCUAUGGGGCCGCCCACGUCAUCUGGGUGA